AUGUGGUAUACACAAAUGGUAUCUUAUGAUGUUUAUGUACCAUUGCUAUUGAGGCUUGCAAAUGAUGUGGAGGAAAAUCCAGGCCCAAUUAAUAUCUAUGAUAUUGUUGAUCAUAGUUUUACGGUUCGAGCAGAUUUCAACCAAGGUAAUAUAUCCAUGUUUGGCAUAAAUGCUGGAAAACAAUGUGUUGCCAUGUCAAUUUAUGCUAUUGUAUACAAUGAAAUAAAAUCUGUUAAUAUUUGGGAUACACCACUGAUGAACAUGCUUCUAGUUAAUGCAAACAAUCUUUAUGCCAUAAUUAGUCAGCACAUUCAGAAAGAUUUCUUGCUGCUCACUGAUGUUCCUGAAAUAUUGUCUAUCAACAAUGAUACUUUUAAUUUGGAGUACAGUGACUCUUUUUCCGGAGCAUUAUGGAUGGAAUACAACAAUGAACCAUAUGUUACACUUGAACAUGCCUUUCAUGAAGUAUUUGAUGCUGGUAAUUAUAAAGCAUGUUUACUUACUAUUCGAGCAAACACUGUUGCAGUUUUAAUGCCUUUCCCAGAUGUAUUUAAAGUUUUUGAUUCUCAUUCACGAGAUAUGCAUGGAAUGCCAGCAGCAAUGGGUUAUAGUGUUUUAGUUUCUAUUGAAGGAAUUCAAAACCUUAUACAUUUUUUUCACAACACUAACAGUUGUAAGGGUGUGAAAUGUCAUAGAAACAUUUCAUUGUCAAAUAGUUUGGAUAACACAGAGAAUGACACAACAUCAAAUAACCAUGAACAACAACGAAAACAACAAGAGACUGUUGUAGAAAGAGAAAACAGACUUGAAAAGCUAAGAGAGAAGCAAAGAGAGAAAAGACAGCAAGAAUCUGUUGUAGAGUGGGAAAAUAGACUUGCAAAGCAAAGAGAGAGAAGAAAACAGGCAAAACAACAAGAAACUGUUUCAGAGAGAGAGAAUAGACUUGCAAAGCGAGGAGAGAAAAGAAAACAGACAAAACAACAAGAAACUAUUACGGAGAGAGAGAAUAGACUUGCAAAGCGAGGAGAAAAAAGAAAACAGGCAAAACAACAAGAAAGUAUUACAGAGAGAGAGAAUAGACUUGCAAAGCGAGGAGAGAAAAGAAAACAGGCAAAACAACAAGAAACUAUUACAGAGAGAGAGAAUAGACUUGCAAAGCGAGGAGAGAAAAGAAAACAGGCAAAACAACAAGAAACUAUUACAGAGAGAGAGAAUAGACUUGCAAAGCUAAGACAGAAAAGAAAACAGGCAAAACAACAAGAAACUGUUUCAGAGAGGGAAAAUAGGCUUCAAAACCAGCGAAAAGCAAGAAGGUUGAAAAGGCAAAAUGAAACUGUCGAACAAAGAGAGCAAAGACUAGCAAAAGUAAGAGCUAAUUAUAAGGAAAAUAAAAGUAGACAUUCUACAAAAAACAAACAAUCUCCUCCAUCAGGUUGUCAAGGGCCCAAUAAUGAUAACAAUAUAUCACAUAAUAGUGUAUCACAAUUAAUACAUAAAUUCCAUAAAUCUGUAUCAACAGGUCCUCUGUAUAUAUGUUCAUGCUGUGAUCAAUUAUCGUAUAAACCUAGUGUUUGUCCAGCCGAAAGACUUCGAUUAUCCAAUCCAAAUUCUACUAAACAUCUACAAGGUAUUAAAAGUGUGGAUAAUAUUGAAUGGCUGUGUUUGACAUGUGACAAACAUCUUAAAAAGGGUAAAGUGCCACCCUCUGCAAUUACAAAUGGCAUGAAGUUUCCAACAAAACCUGACUUCUUUGAUUUAAAUGAAUUAGAAUGCAGACUUAUAGCUCCAAGAUUGGCAUUUCAAAAAAUAAUGCAAGCUCCGAGAGGACGGCAACUUAAAAUUACUGGUAAUGUUGUGAAUGUACCAGCAGACAUAUGUAAUACUUUUAACAUGCUACCCAGGUUGCCACAAGAUACUGGGACUAUUAAAGUUCAAUUAAAACGUCGACUGCAAUAUAAGAGUUCUGCCUUGUCUUUGAAUGUGAGGCCUAAUAAAGUGAUGCAAGCUGCAGCUUGGUUGGUAAAUACUAGUGAACUAUAUCAAGAACAAGGAAUAACUUUUGAUCAACAUUGGUUAUCAUACUUUGAUGUUACAACACCUAACAGUGACAAUGAAAAUAUCACAGUAGUUGAUCAAACUAAUUUAACAUCAGAAGAUGAAUGGAGUGAAGACGAAGCAGAAAUUCCUGCAGGUGUAACAGACAGUAUGCUUACACCUACUGAUUUUGUAGAUGAUACUGAAAGACAACAUAUAUACAAUGUUGCACCUGGUGAAGGUAGUAGACCACUCAGUAUUUUUAGAGAUCAGUAUUCAGAGGAACUAGCUUAUCCAGGAAUAUUCUUAGGUCAAAAGCGGCCAGAUGAGAAGCACAGAUUGACUCGUGUUCAUUACAGUGAAAUAUGUAAAUCAGAACUUAGACGAUCUGAUCGAAGAGCUGCAAUGUGUAUUGAGAACAUAUUUUUUAAAACUAAAAAAAUGCAAAUGAAAUUACUGCUAGGGCAAUCUCAACUUGCUAUUCGCAAGUGUAAAAUGGGAAACAGAACACUUACUGCUGGUGAGUUAAAAACCCCAGAAGGUUUAACAAAUCUCAUUUGCCAUGAUGAAGGAUACAAAUUUUUAAGAGCUUUGAGAGGUUCCCCACCUUACUUUGAAAAAGCCAAAAAGGAUUUGUUUGCUAUGAUUCGGCAGUUAGGACCCGCAUCAUUAUUUUGUAGUUUUUCAUCUGCUGAAACAAAAUGGAAUCAUUUAUUAAGAAUCCUUGGUAAGCUUGUUGAUCACAAAGAUUAUAGUGAUGAACAAUUAGAUAAUUUAAAUUGGGAUGAAAAGUGUAGACUAAUUCAAAGUGACCCAGUAACUUGUGCAAGGCAUUUUGAUUACCAAUUUAAUACUUUCUUAAAAGAUUUUUUAAUGAGUGAAAUUGCCCCAUUAGGGAAGCUGAAAGAUUGGUUUUACAGGGUUGAAUACCAACAGAGAGGCUCUCCUCACAUCCAUAUGCUCAUAUGGCUUGAAAAUGCACCUGUAUUUGGUGUUGAUAAAGAUGAAGAUGUAGUGAAUUUCAUUGACCAAAUAAUAACUUGUAGAAAGCCUGAUAAUAAUGACACUGAAUUAUUUGAUCUUGUAAACAGACAAACUCAUGGACAUUCCCACACAUGCCGAAAAAACUCCAAAAAAGUUUUGUAG